AUGGCUAUAUCUUCGAUGGCAGUCCGCCUCACCGCCUUCACCGCCUUUUGGCUUUCGCUUCUUCUCGCAUUCAUGUCGUUUUCCAACGUGCAUGAGCACGACAGCUUCUCGUCCACUCCAGAGCCUGCAGCCAGAGGUCUGAGCAUGCAGGGGGCCAAUGACGGACCCUCCAGGGUUCCCCCCGACCACUGCGACGCCUUCCUGCCCUUCCAUGAUCCGAUUCCAUCAGGCAGCGGCAGCAAUGUCUUCUCUGCUGUCCCUAUCCACGUCUACACCAUGAACUUCGCCCAGGCCAAGGAAGGCGCCUGGGGCCAGAAAUGGCGCUCCUCGCCCAUUUUCAUCGUCAGCGCCAUGGCGAUGGCCCUUUUCACUGACACGUUCCUCUACGCAUUCCUCGUGCCGAUCCUCCCCUAUGUCCUUGAAAACCGCCUCGGGCUCGACGUCUCGCUCACCCAGCGCUUCAGUUUUGCGCUUCUAUCAGAAAGUGCCGUGACGGCGCUGAUCACCAGCCCGAUCAUCGGUCAUUUCGCCGAUCGAGUACCGAACAAGAGAGGGUUGUUGCUGGGUUCGUUGGCGGCUGCCUUGCUUGGCUCUAUAAUUUUAGCCUUGGCGACGUCGACGUUCACGCUCUUCGCGGGCCGUCUCGUCCAGGCGAUCGCCAGCUCGGUUAUCUGGGUGGCUGGAUACGGUGCGAUCGCGGAAAAUGUGCAUCCCGACCACCUUGCGACCACGUAUGGCGUCAUAAGCCUUGUCGUGGCCGCCGGUACUUCCGGGGGACCUAUGGUCGCGGGUAUACUCUUUGAAUUGGGCGGGUACUGGGCAGCGUGGUCGAGUGUUUUUACCAUCCUGGUCGCGGACAUCAUCGUCCGAUUGCUCAUGCUGGAGAGGCCUAAAACCAAGGAAAGUGCUGAGUAUGAGAGUGACGAUGCAUCGGAUCCCGAAAAUGCGCCACUGUUGAGCGAGACUGGCAGUGUUCUCCAACCAGACCUGACUGGCUGGAAAUUCUACAUUUAUCUGCUGGGCCAUCGUCGGUUCCAGUGCGGAGUAAUAUCUUACUUCUCCUUCGCGGUCCUGAUAUCCAGCUUCGACACAACCCUCCCCCUUCAUGUCCGCGAUGUGUUCAACUGGGGUAGUCUACCUGCGGGGAUGAUGUUCUUCGCCCUGCAAGGCCCGGGGAUAAUCCUCAGCCCCCUGUGUGGCUGGUUGAAGGAUCGGGUCGGUACUCGGUGGCCCACCACGGUCGGCUUUUUGCUGCUGGCGCCUGUAAUGUGGAUUAUUGGCAUGCCGGGCGACGAGCGGUUUCCCUGGAUCAACGAGGGCAAUCGGGGAAUCGUUAUCUACGCCGUUGCUGUGACAGUGGUGGGAUCCGUUUCCUGUCUUCUGAACGGUGCGGGUACUAUAGAAGCCACGAUCACCAUCGAUGAGAUCGAGGCAAAAUACCCCGGGCUGUCCGUUGGGUAUUCCCGGGCCCUUUCAAUGGUCAGUAUGAGCUGGACAUCUGGAGCGUUCAUCGGGCCCGUCCUGUCGGGGUUCCUCGCCGAGCACGUCGGAUAUUACGAGAUGAGUUGCGUUAUAGCGGUGAUCUGUGCCCUCUCUGGAAUCAACGCAUUUUUCAACCUCACCUCGAAGAAGCGUACGCAGUCCGCUUGAUUCCGGCGUCGCGUCCCGUCAAUCCCAUGAUCCAUCUAUCCCCUCACACCGGACACAAUCCCCGACCCAGCCACCCACACCGUGCGUGACAUAUCUCAAAAGUUAAACAUCCUUCCGUAGACCAUCUUUGAUCCAUCAUUUCAUUUCAUUUCAUUUGAGCGAAGCAUGUGACGAUCAGAUCGCAUCAGCCAUGGGUCGGUCGCAGUUAGAUAGACUACUACCACUAUCACUAUCAAAAAU